UUUUAUUUUUUGAUAUCACAUACUACACAGUUAAAACCCCAAACUCCCUGAAAAACCCCACCUCUCUACCUCUAUCGGUGAUCUGACUUCCAUGGCGGCCCUCAAGCUUCUCUUCCAAGUUCGCCGCCAUUGCCUCCCCAAACCACCCUCGUUUCCGCCCUUCCGCCAUAUAUCCCUUUCCUCCUCAACAAAUUCUAACCCUAGCCCAAACUCUGAAACCCCAACAAAACCCUCCGAAUCCGUUCCUGUCCAAACCGUAUCCUACCCUGUGAAACCCAGUGAGCCCUCCACGCCCGAUCAAGACCAGCACGAAAACCUUUCUCAGUCCCCACAGCUGCCGCGUCGCAACCCACCUCGCAACUCGCAGCCAGAAACACCGUCGAUAUGGACUCGCGAGGACAUCCGGUACGUCAAGGACGUGCCAUCAAUAUCCCCGGUGUCUUAUCCCUCCCGCGUGGCGCCACUUCCAGAGGAUAGGGUAUCCGGAGAAGGAGAAGAGGCGCCAAAGGCGAAAGGGGAAAGCGAAGAGAUGGAGAGAGAGGGGAAGAGAAUCGAGGAGGAUGUUCGGUUGAGGAGGGGGAUGUUUAGGGUUUUGGAGCAGGAGGAGAAGGUAGUGGUCCCUUUUCCAAUGCUCAUCAAGAAGAAGGAGAGGAAGGAGAAGCUAGCACCACUUGAUUUGAUGGAGGCUAUUCGCCUAGUGAAGGCUAAUGCCAAGAAGAAUUUUGACGAAACUGUUGAAGCGCAUGUAAGAUUGGGAAUCAAGAAAGAGCGAACGGACCAGAUAGUCCAUGGUAGCUUGAUUCUGCCGCAUGGUGUUGCCAAGGAUGUUAGGGUGGCUUUCUUUGCUGAAGGGGCAGAUGCAGAUGAAGCUAGAGCUGCUGGAGCUGAUAUUGUUGGUGGUGUUGAACUUAUUGAGGAAAUUGCGAGCAGUCACAAGUUUAAUGUCGACAAGUGUUUCUCAACUCCUCAAUUGGUGCUGCGUCUAAAUAAGAUAGCAGGCUUUCUUAAAGAGCGUCAUCUUUUGCCAGACCGUAAACACAAUACUGUGACUAGUGAUGUUGCUGGGGCAAUAAAAGCUGCACGACUGGGUCGCAUACUUUUUAAAAUGGACAAAACAUCAAUCGUGCAUGUGGGACUUGGCAAGGCGAGUUUCACAGAGGAGUUUUUACGUGAAAAUAUUGGUGCCUUUAUGAAUGCUCUUUUGCUUGCAAAGCCUCCAAGCUUAAAGAAGGCUUCCAAGUAUGCGGGAUACGUGAACUCCUUCCAUAUAUGCAGCACGAUGGGUCCAGGAUUUCCUAUAUCAAUGCAAUCAUUAUCCAAAGCUGCGGAUAACUACAACAAAGCCCACCUUAAUUGAUUCAGUGCAAAUUUGAGCACAGAUUAAAAUUUUCCGGAAGGUCCCUCACCCAUUCUCUUUACUCUCUGAGCAAGUUCUUUAUUUUGAGUCAUGUAAUGAUAGUUAUAUUCUGGCUAGGUAUUUCACUGCGCAAGGUUUUGAUAUAAAUUUAUGCAAGAUAGUUGAAUUAUGGCUUGGAUUAUCGACUGAGUAUCAAUUUAAUUUUACAUAGAGUUGUACCGUGCUGGUUUUAUAUAGGGCAGGAUCAUUGGAGUUCUGGCAUUUA